GCCCGUUUUCCACUGAAACUUCGCGUGUGCUCGUAAAAUAUUAAAAAUUACUCGUUCUAAUUAUAGAAUUAUCGUACUUUUGCAUCCCACAGUUCGCGUAGAAAACGCGCUGCUGCGAGCUCGAGCUUCGUGUGCGCCUGCCGAGUGCAAAAACAUGUGUUUCGAUGUGAAUAUUAGUUGAUGACACCAACAGUGGAUGAAUGUCAACAAAUUAUAAUUAUUUUAGAUUUUCGUUGCUAAAGUGUUGUUGACUUCGUCUUCGAGUGUGACGAGGCUGAGGGUAGUGCCGGUCGGGUGGUGUAAUUCAAGGAUUCGAGAUAGCGGCAGUGCAGUGUCUGUUGGACUUCCGGUCGUAAUGAGGGUUCGGUGAACAGUAAUCAUCGUGUGAACUGGUAGCGGGAUGGCCAAUCCUACGAUCGCGGUCUCUUUUGACCAAAAUGACAUGUCCAGUUGGUAUUUUGGUGGCAUGUCCCGUGCGGUGGCCACCAAACUCCUGCUCAACGAGUCGGAGAGUGGAGUAUUCCUAGUCCGAGAUUCAAAAACCAUUGUUGGAGAUUAUGUGCUGUGUGUGCGGGAGGACGACCGAGUGUCCCACUACAUCAUCAACCGCAUCCUGUCCCCGGAGGGCGCGACCAGGUUCCGCAUCGGCAACCAGGUGUUCACGGACAUGGCGGCGCUGCUGGCGUUCUACCGGCUCCACUAUCUGGACACCACGCCGCUGGUGCGCCCGCUGUCCCAGGCGGCGACCACCACGCCAGCGCAGCAGUACCACGUGCUGGAGGUGGUGGAGGCGAAGUUCAACUUUGAUGGGAAUGACGCCGACGACCUACCGUUCCGUCGCGGUGAGCGGCUGAUGGUGAUCAAUCGUGAUGAGGAGCAGUGGUGGACGGCGCGCAACGCGCAGGGCCGCACCGGCUCCAUACCCGUGCCCUAUGUGCAGAGGGUGCUGGACCCGUCAGGCAUGCCGUACCCGCCCAACGAGGCGCUGACGCAGCUCGGCGACCCGCCCUCGCCGCCCAACAACAAGCAGCAGAAGGGCUCCAACAUGCAGAGGACGUUGCCGGCGCUGGCGCGCGUGCGGCAGUCGAGAGUGCCCAACGCGUACGACAAGACCGCGCUCAAGCUGCAGGAGGGGGAUAUUGUUAAAGUGACGAAAAUGAACAUAAACGGCCAAUGGGAGGGCGAGCUGAACGGCAAAGUCGGCCACUUCCCGUUCACCUACGUCGAGUUCCUGGACGACAUACCCAGCUAAAUGCAGUGACAGUGUUCAGUGAUAGUGACUAACGGAACAGUGACUAUAACACAGAUUUUAGUAUUGAAUAUCAUAGAAACGGAGGAGUUAUAGUCCACGAGUUGUGCAAUAUCUCUGUUCCUAUUCACAGCGGUUCUUUCUACGGAAGAAUAGACAAAGUGGCAGUUAGUCGAAGGUUAUCUGCCAUUUUGUCACUAAAGUCUGUCAGUAUGUCUUUUCUUUCCCGUUUCCAAUGUUAUACUGAGCCUGCUGUGGUAAGCUAUAUGUUGUAUCGGCUUGCAUAGCCAUUUAAAGAGCCGUUCUGCAGACCAUUAGUACCGUAUAUAAACUUCAAUAGAUGUAUAUGCGUACCAGUGGGAUACAUAAUUCAACAUGACUAAAGAGAGUGAUUGCAGGACAGGCUUUAUAUGCCCAUCUGAAUGCUUGUUUAGAUAGGGAAUCAGCAUGCAUUGUCUUGACAAAACUUCUAGCAUCAUUUUUGUCUGUUUAUCUGCAUAAAGACGUGACCUCAGAGUCGAGAGUCAGGCCCUAAACCACUAGACCACUGAGGCGUUUUACUAAUUCGGAAAACGUGUAUGCUGCCAGCCUUAUUAUUGUUUCUGUUUCAGGCUAUAUAUCUUAUUAGCUUUGUCCACACUGUGCCUUUUUUUGUUCAUCAAGGGCAUGCGUUAUAACGCAGUCAAAAGCGCGCGUGAGGCAUGCCAGCGACGCAUGCGCUCUGACCGUAUCCAAAAC